UCUCAUUUUAACCAAAAUGCAAAAUUAUUGGUAACCAAAGAGCUUUCUCUAUUCUACUGAGUACUGACCAAAAUUGCUAUAGUGGCGAUCUGUUUCGUUCUGUUAAUGGCUCACCAUUCAACGACAUUCAUGUGUUUUUGAACCAAUGGCAGCCGGUUUUUUUUUUCUAUUCUCGGAAGACUGCUUGCAAAUUUCGUCCUCGGACCAUUUUCUCAAAUGAUUUAGGGUUCCUUAAAUAUCAGUAAUUGAAAGCAGAUUCUUGAAGAUAUGGCGGAGGAUGUGGCGGUGGUGCAAGACGAAACAUCAAACGCCUGCUGCGACGGGUUGAAAAAGAAGUACUUGAAGCUUUUGGAGAAGUAUUCAAAGCUUGAAGAGAUUAAAAACAAGUUCCGCAACUCCACCGCGUUGGUACAGAACAAAUACGAUGUGAUUGAGAAAGAAAAUGGAGUUCUCAAAAAAGCAUUGUAGGAACUCAAAUUCCAAGUUAAUACGUGGAAAGAUGAGAAAGAAAUAGAGUUUGGUCGUCAUGUUGAUCUUGACGAUGAAGUUUCUGCUCUAAAGGAAGAGAUCCAAUUGCUGAAGCAGAGUCAUAAUUCUGCUCCUCCAGAUGCAGCUAAGGAGACUCAAGAACGUUUUAAUUCAUCUGAGAAAGAUAUUAAGCUACUGAAGGAACUUCUGGAGAAAGAGAAGGAAAGAGUAUCUUUGGAGAAAAAGAAAGCUCAGUUGGAGAAGAAGACAGCUGACGAGACUUUGAAGAAGGUCAAGCUGGGGAAAAAGAAGGUUAAUGAAGCACAUAAAGUGGCUACUGGAGAAAGGAAAAAAGCUGAGGAAAAUAGGCUCUUGUUGGAAAAAUUAAAGCUGGAAACUGAUGCAGUAAAAUCAACUUUGGCUUCAGAGAACUCUAAAAUUGAAGCCGCAGAGAAGAAAGCCGAGGUGGAGAAACAGAGAGCUACUCGAGAAAGGAAAAGGGCUGAUUUGACUGAGAUAAAAUUAGAAGAGCAACGUGAGCAUGCAGAAACGAAUUAAAAGAAGGUCAUCUUUGAAAAGGAACGAGCUGAUGAAUUAAAUCAAAAGUUGGAAGAGGCUAGGUUUAGGGCUGAAAAAGUAGAAGAGUUGAAUAAAAAAUUAUGCUCUGAAAAAGCUGUCAAGGUUCAAACGGAUAAGUCCAGAACUGGCAAAGAUGCAAAUAAAUCAAGUGAUGGUUGCAUGGAUCUGCUAAAGAAAGAUGCCCAAUUGCCAAAAUGGAUGGAGAAACUUCUCAUGGAUAAAGAGCAAAAUAUUAAUAGGGAGAGAAAGCAUGCUGAUUCAGAGGGAAAGAAAGCUGAGAAACAUAAGGAAGUUGCUGAAUCACAGAAAAAGCUGGCCCUGGAACAGAAGAAUCGAGAUGAUCAACUGUCUAAAGAAUUAGAUAGUUGUAGGUUGAUGUUAAAAGAAUUACAAAAGGAGCUGAAGGAGUUUAUUUUCCAAAGGACAAAUGCAGAUCAUGCACGCCUGAGAAUUAAUGAGGAUAUAACUGAAACUUAUACAGAUAAGCUGCUUAAGAAGCGGUUGGGGCUAGAGAAGAUGCUUGCAAAGCAUGCCAAUGAGACAGCAAAUGUGGAAGCCCUUAGUAACAGAAUGCUACAUCGAGAACUAUUUCAGUUGAAGCAGGAGUGUCUUUUUUUCCAACAGCGUUUGGAUUUUCUAGAUAAAAGUUUUCUGCACGGCCUCGAAGGUACACAUCAUCUCGAAAAGACUGGGAAUCUGACCUUGACGAGAGAAACAUUAGGCUCAGAUGGGUGUCAAAGGCCACUCGUAUUAGGUAUAGAUUCUGGACUGGAUCCUCAAUAUAGAGGUUCCGACCAAAACUUGUUACAGAGUUGUGUGAUAAAUUCAAAUUCGGCAUUUUUUUCUGAUCGAACAUUGGUGGGAUCACAGGAUAGACAUACCUCCUCUGUCACUGCUUCAGAUAAACUUGGUGAAGAUGUAUCAAACCUCAAACCUACUGUAUCAAGGUUGGCGGACCAGAGGGGAAUGAACUACAAUGAACAUGUAGUAGCUGAAGCUGAUAACAACAUAAGAAGUUCAUUUAAAGACGACGAUUAUGAAAUGAGAGUUGUUUACUCUGGAAGGAGAGUUGUUUACUCUGGAAGGAAAAGGAUUCUUGAUGCGAUGGAGUCCAUUGAAAAUUCGUAUUCUAUGGAAGAGAAGCUACAUCAACGUGUAUUACAUAAACUUUCCCUCCUUGAUGGUUUCCUCAAUGGCCAAGAGAAAGAACAUGAAGACAUUCUGCAAGAGAAUCCGAGCAGAAAGAUUGUUAGACCGCGCAAGAGGAGAAAAACGUCGCAGGAGGGAAUGAAAAACAUUCAUCAUUCAGAAAACUCUGAGGAGCCAAAAGGCAAUGUUGACUUGGGUGUUGAUCAAGCUGAUGCUUUUGUUCGUGCUUCACCACCUCAAGUAGAUGUGAUGAGAAUUGGUUGGCAUUUGAAUGGUGGAGAGGAUGAUAAAUUUGGAUGGAGGAACCAGUGCCUUCCGCAAGACUUCGAUGACAUGGCUGCUUGUGACCAUAUGAGAUUGCUGGACUUAGAUGACGCUGAUGAUGAAAGCUCUUACCUUCGGGCUAUUUCCAUGCCUCUCUCUCCUCUGCUACCUGAGGUUGAUAUUCACGGUGGUAAGAAUCUUGAAGUAGAUAAUCCUGAAGUGUUGACAUACAAAGGUUGUCCAGAGACAUCAGUAAAUACAAAGGAUAAUUCAUCAUCAAUUUCUAGCUUUCAUAAUAUGGACAUGGAGAAGAAUCCCACUAGCCUGGUUUCUUUGAAGUUGCAGCCUAGGGGUGAUUCCGUUGACUUCUUAAAAUGUAAAGGUGCCUAUUUGAGUAGUGAUACUCUUCUUAGGCAGACCCUUGUUACUGAUGGAAAGUCGAGGCUGCCAAAUCUAUGUGGUUCUGGAAACAAGGAACCUAGUGUAGAAAUUCGACUUGUUUCUCCUAAUGACUGUCUUCCAAGCUAUUUUAUAUUACCUUCAUACAAGAAAGACAGUUCUAGCAUCUUGAGGAUCCUUCAGACAAUGGUGAGCUGCAUACCACGAUGUUCUUUCUAUCAUUCAACCGAGAUGUUCCUUCGAAGUAUUCAACAUGCUCUUUCAAAGGCAGAAGAUCUUUCAAUGAAGGAGAAAGUCUGUGUAUUCUUCUCGUUAUUACUACAUGGGAUUUCUGAGGUUAGAGUUAGCAGGCCGCCGGAUUUCUUGGAUGAUAAAUUACUCCAGUCAUUUGAUUCGGGGGAGAUGUUUGUUUGUGGUGAAGUAUCUGGUAGUCCGGAGGCUACUCAUCGUUUUAAGGCAAAUCUCGUUCUCAAUGGUAAUGCCAUAAUAGUAUUUGAAGUGAUUGCUUCAGCCCAGCUGUUGGUUGCUGGGGCAAGUCUUUUAGCGUCAUUGUGCUUUGCCGUUGGCUAUAUUGGUUUUGUUUGUGAGAUGUCAUGCAACAUUAUCACAAUGAAUAAAUUCGACCAUCACAUGAUGCUGGCAGUUCUACAUGCUUUUGCCCAUGUAUGCAGCUCCCAAUAUUUUGCCCUUCAGCAGUAUUCGGUGGCAAUGACUGUUGUAAAAUCUCUGGUUACGUUUCUUGAGAAGAGAGUUAUGUCGGACGAUUCAAGUUCUGGACCAUCAAUGGUUGAAAAUCGAUCCAAAUUUUGCGUAUGUAGAAAUAAUUGUCCGUUCUCAGAGGGUGGGCUAUCCUUGGAGGAUGUUGCGUCAUUACUGUUGGAAAAGCGUCAGAAGCAUGGGCAGUAUAAUUGUUUGCCACAGGGUCUGCUAGUUCCAAGAGUAUGUUCUCAUGAUGAGACAACAUUAAAAAUUUUGGACUUGAGAGAGGAUGUUCUGUCGAGUUUAACAUCUGAUGAGAAUUUAUGCGACUUCAGGGAUACUCUAUCUUUGCUUGAGAUCCUAGCUUCUUUCAUUAGCUGGGACUGGACAUUUGACCACAUCAUAGUUCAACUUUGCGAGUAUCUUGAAUCUCAUCUCACAGAUACUCAUCUCACGGAGGGUUUCUCUGCCGCUAUACUCGUGCUUCUUGGUCAACUUGGAAGAGUAGGAUUUGGUGCUAGUGUAUAUGAGGAUGCCCAAGUUACGAAACUAAGGAGUCGGCUAUCGGAAUUUGCAUGUGAGACCACUUUUCGGAAACUAAACCUUCCUGUACAAUUUGCUAUUGUAACGUCCUUGUUUGGCCUAACGCGGAUAAAAUUUGAUGAAGUUAUCGAAGGUAAAGUUGAAAUUGCUGCAGCCAUGUGUGAAUCCAUUCCUGCUAGUUUUGUAAAAGAUUGGUUUUUCCGAUUGAGUUGUGAGCAACAAUCGGCUUUUAGGCUCCAUCAGGCUGGAAAUAUUCAGUCAUGACACUUUUCUUUUUCAAUCGAAUGUUACAAGUUUUGGUGCAAUUUUUUAAGACUUGGUCAUAUCUAGACAAUAGUUUUUAGUUGGAUGUCAUUGUUAGGCCUAUAAACGAGCCAUAAAUCGAACUCGAGUUCGGCUCGUUUAUCAAUAUUAACGAGCCGAGUUCGAGCCUUAACGAGCCUAUCUCGAGCUUUGAAGAGUCGAACUACAGAAAAUUAUAAAAAAAAUUCAC